GUGCGAUCACUCCAGUGAGCGAUGUUCCYUCUGAUUUGACCACAGCCGAUCUCCUCUCCCAUUCUCCAUCCACAGUUUUUGAUGAGAACAAGCCCAUCGCCGCCAGCGGAGCGUAUAAUAUAGACUUUAGUGCCGUAGAACCAACAGGUCACUCUCUGACCCGAUCGCUCAGCCUUCAAGGUGGGGAACUAGAUAGCUCUGCUCUGCUGGACGAAUCUGCGUCUGGAGGUUUCCGUCCGACAUCUGGGUCCUUCAGCGUAGGCACCGAGAGCACUCCAGGUCCGAUUCAUAGACCAAAGAAAGUCCGACCCGGUUCUGUAAAGAAGAAGCCCCUCCUCAGGCAGAACUCCAACCCUGAGAGCCCAAAGCCAGCCUCGUCCAGCAGCACCCCGGAAAUCAAGAAACGGGCAAAGCCCCAAACUGCCAGCCCUCURCAGAGUCAGGAGGUAACUCAGGACGUGACUCCGAGCCCUGCAGGGACUCUCCGAAAAACCAGGAAGAGCCGUGUUGAAACUCCUCCUCCUCUACCAGAGGAAACCAGUCAGACUUGCCAAGAGGAGAAUGGUGUCCCUACCUUACCUUUGUGCCAGGAGGAAACCCUUCAACCAGCUCUUCUAACAGACAAAGAAGACUCUCCUAUUCCUCCUUGUGCCUCAUACCAAUGGGACCCAGACAAUUUUGAAAACAUUGACCCCUUCAAAAGUGGAGGUAGUAAAAUUGCCAAUUCUCCUGUUUUGGAUCGUAAAAGUCCUGUUUGUGGGCCUAUUUCCAGUCCUCCAAGAAGUCCCCCUCUCCCUGCUGUGGAACCCCAUCGUUUCACUCCACCUGCUCCUUGUGAAGCACUGACCAACAAUCCCGAGGAGCAACCCAUUUUACCCAAGCAUCAGGCGGUAAGACUCGAGUUCGACUACUCUGAGGAAAGCAGUGAGGCGUCACAGAAGGCCACGCCCCCACCGAAAAAAGUGGUCAAAAAGCUGGGCGGCAAGAUGCCGCCGAGGAAAACGAAGCUGGGGCUGAAAAAGACGACUCCAGCCCCGGUGGAGCAGCCGGACAACAACAACCCUCCCGCAACUCACACAAACAACGAGGAUGAAAUGGAUUUCCGUAAAGCUUCUUACAACUUUGAACCCGACAAGUGGGAAGAUCCGAACUUCAACCCGUUCACUUCAAAGAAAAAUAUCUCCAAUUCUCCUAAAUUARCCAGGCCGUCGUAUAAUUAUGACCCGGACAGCUUUGAUGACUCCAUAGACCCGUUCAAACCCUCCAUCAAAAUGGCCAGUUCCCCUCCUAACGCCUCUGCCUCUUUUGAAAUAUCAGCCAAUGACUUUGAUAAUGAAAAUGACAACAUUGGAGAGCUAGAGGACCAAAACCAGAACAAACCAGCCAAGAAGAAGAAAACUCCCAUAAAGUCGAAGUCCAGUGGUGUGUCCUCUCUUUGUUGUAUGUUUAAUACUUUCAGAGUGAAGCGGUCACCAAAGAAAUCAGCGUUAUCGGACACGUCCCAGGAUCCAGAUGAUCUCGGCACACAGGACGAUCACGCCACAGAUGAGGAGAAGUUAGCCUCCUCCACGAACAUUAAGUGGGCGGCCCGGCACGACACGGAUUUGAACGCAGACCAACAAGACUUCCCUCAGCCSUCUGACCUCACUUCUUUUGUCAACGAGAACAAUCUCCCUCAGGAGGCCCCAGUGCAAGACUAUGAAAUCGAGUACAUGGAGAAGAUUGGCUCUUCAUCGCCUCCGCUGUCAGUGAAGAAGCCAUCUUUGUAUUUGAAUUUGGACUCGGUGUCUGACAGUUUAACAACAAAUACAUGUGCACAUGGAUCUGAGCCCAGCUCCCCCUGCACAGGGAGUUUCGAGGAGAUGGAGGCUCAGAUAUCGGCAGGCAUGAAGACGCCGGUGUUGAGCUCGCGGCCCGGGCCCGAGGGUUCUGCUGGAGAUAAGGGCAGGAAGAGAGAGAGCGAGUCGCUCAGUCGGACGCAGAGCGCAGAGCGGGACGAGCAGGAGGAGCUGGUGCUUGCUGCCCUGAGGCUAGAGGCUCUGCAAGUAGCCCAAAGCAUCUCUCAGUGCCCCUCCCUCUCCACUGUAACUCCCCAGCACAAAGACAUGUCGUUUCCGGUGGAAAACGUCGUGCCCAAGAGCUCACUGUACGCCAGGACCGCCACCAUCGGCAGCUACAUCGAAGGGGAGAGUCCUCACCUGCCUCGAGAUCUGGACCAGUCCUUGGACAUUGCACGAGAAGAGAUCGUGACAAAAGAGAAAGAAGUGCUGGAGUGGCAGAGGAAGUAUGAAGAAAGUCGACAGGAAGUGGUGGAGAUGAGGAGAAUUGUUGCUGAAUAUGAGAAGACCAUUGCUCAAAUGAUAGGCAUGCCAGAGGACGACCAGAAAGAGAAGUCUCUGUCCCACCACACCAUCCAGCAGCUCAUCCUGGAGAAGGACCAGGCGCUGGCGGACCUCAACUCGGUGGAAAAGUCUCUGGCAGACCUCUUCCGCCGUUACGAGAAGAUGAAGGACGUGCUGGAGGGCUUCCGCAAGAAUGAAGACGUGUUGAAGAAGUGCGCUCAGGAGUAUCUGUCGAGGGUACGGAAAGAGGAGCAGCGGUAUCAAGCCUUGAAGAUCCACGCAGAGGAGAAACUGGACAAGGCCAACUCUGAGAUCGCCCAGGUACGAGCCAAGUCCAAGCAGGAGCAGGCUGCCUACCAGGCCAGUCUGAGGAAGGAGCAGAUGAAGGUGGACUCUUUGGAGCGCACUUUGGAGCAAAAGAACAAGGAGAUCGAGGAGUUGACAAAGAUCUGCGAUGAGCUGAUUGCCAAGAUGGGGAAGAGUUAGCCCCCCGCCCACUGGACUGUAAACGUCUGAGGCCAAAGAGGUCUUGGGGUUUUGCUUCCUACUGACUGUACAGAACCCACAGGAACCACCUUCCUCUUAACUGUUCUGUACGUUUAUUUUUUUAUUUUUGACUUGUCAGUGUAUCAUACUGUAUCAGGGGGUCUGGUUUAAAGUUUUAGAGGAGCUAUCAUAUCAGUAACAAGUGUGUCUGUGUGUGAGAGUGUGUGUAAUGAGAAAGUGGAUGUUUGUGGGUUAAAUGAUGUAUUAUGAUGUUGCCAUGACAGCCACUGAGGGAGAAGACUGUUUACUCACUCCUGUUAGUGUCGCCUCUUACUGCAAGAUAGUUUUUGGUGAAAAAAAAAAAAGAGUACCAGAUGUUUAGAUUUAUUCAUAACGUACAGAAAAUAUUGAAAAAAAUGAAAGKAAAAGAAAACCGUCACAGCAAGAUCUUGCAUGGAAGAAAGAGAAACUUAAUGUUGAUGUUUGUAUAUAGUUGAUUGUCAAAAACCUGAAGAUAAAUCUGCAUUUUGAUAUAGUUAUUCUGUCAUCCUCCCCCUAAUACCCUCAAGUAACCAUUUCGAUAUUUGUCAUACUUGUAGCCUUUUUUUUGAUGAAACCGUUGAAUUUUAUUUUUUUUUGGAUUUUAUUUUGAUAUAACCUAAUUGUGACUUUAUCCAGUUCAUGUUUGAACAACUGUGUCCUAGUCCUGCAAUGGUCUUUUGUCACUUAAGGAAAAUCUUUCCCGCACAGCUACUGUACAGCAUCAGCUUACAAAGUGCAAUAAAAAAUGGCAAUACAA